AUGACUCGAUCGGAAGGAGGCGGGCGCACGCAGCACUUCUCGCACAUCUUUGCGCGUCUGCAGGAGCUGCAGAACUAUGGCUGGGACACGGACAUUGAGCCCUUCCACUCAUCGUAUGAUAACUGGCAUUUCUUCGGUUACGAGAAGCAAGCGCCCCGGCAGGAUCGCCCUCAGUCAAGAGGAAGGAGCGCCGUAACCUCCCCCACCUCUUUCAAGCUGUCGCAUUCGCCCGACUCCCUGACCCGAAGCCGCCCAACCAUAACACGCACUCACCGCAGUUCGGGCUCAGAUGCGAGCGCCUCUACCGUACAAACACAUCGCACCAACACCACCGCCAAAGGCGUGGCGAGAGAAGGCCGGACCGUCGUAUGCCGUGUCUCGCAGCAGACUCUGCGCCUCGAACGUGAGUUCCAGCUCGCCAAACUCGUCGUCAAGGAGUCGGAUCCAGAGUGCAAGCACUUUGUUCGGCCCAUAGAGUUUGUGAGGCUAUCGACCAAAGCCGGCGAGGAGCCUCUUGUCGCCAGCAUAUUCGAAGCCCCGGGGCCCAACUACCUCAACGACUUGGUCAACUUCGGCCCCAAUUUCUGGAAGGUUGGCAGUCAUGGACAGAGCGGUCAAUCAGAUGCUUCAUUGCCCAACCGUGGAAUACCUCUCCUUACCUUCCUCGACUUUGCCGUCGGAUCAGUCGAGUGUCUGGAAAUAUUGCACCACGGUCACGAAAUUGUCCAUGGAGAAAUUCGGGGCGAUGCCUUCCAUUUCGCUGAGAACGGGACAGUCAAGAUGAUCAAUUUUGGAUCAGGCGCACGAUCUUUCGAGAACGGACUGACAAGCGCCGGUUGGAGUACCCUGUCAAAAGAGACUGGCAUCGAAUUGAAAUUGGCCUUCAUAUCCCCUGAACAGACUGGUAGAAUGCCCGCUGAACCCGACACAAGAACCGACAUCUACAGUCUUGGCAUUCUCUUCUACACGAUGCUCUGCGGGCAGACGCCAUUCGAAGGCGCUACGGCUCUCGAUGUCAUGCAGAACGUCAUUAGCAAGCGAAUUCCUCCAAUUUCUUCCCGACGACUAGACAUCCCAGAGGCUCUGUCUGAGAUCAUACAACGUAUGACGCAGCGCAAUAUUGAGGAGAGAUACCACUCUACUUCAGGCUUGAAAUUCGAUCUCUUUCGUAUCCGCGAGCUUCUUUACGAUGGAGAUGUAGAAGGAUUGAAGGCCUUCCAUGUAGGCACCAAGGACAUCAGUUGCUUCUUCAACUUGCCCCUCAAACUAAUCGGGCGUGAGAAAGAACGCAAGACUAUAGUGGACGUGAUAGAGCGCGUAGCGAGGCAUCGUCGGAGUAACGUCAAAGCGUUGCAGAGCCUGAGCUCAGGUUCCUCCUUUUCAGAUCAACGACGAGACCUGCAAUUUGACGACAUCAUUUCCGAAAGCACUAGCUCAAGAGGCUCCGACAGCAGGCUCAACAGCGUUUCGGCAGAUGGUCCUGUAUUCAUGGAAAGCGCUCGGUCGAUGCAACAGGGCUCCCAAGAUAGUGUGGCACAAUCAGAAUCAUCAACGGCUGAAGGAAGUGUGGACAGUCGGCCCCAACUGCAAUCCGCGAGCCGAGGCCGUUCCAACAAUAGCAUUGAAAGCACCGGACUCUAUUCUCGCAGCCACCAAUCCAAUGAUGGCCUAAGAACUCUAGCCAGCACGCGAAAACUAAGGCGCAAGGCGCGAUGUGAGGUGAUAGCCAUCGCCGGUGCCACCGGGUUGGGUAAAUCUCGUCUCGUGCAGAGCGUACAGAGCACAGCAAGGAGCACUGGCUACUUCGCUAUGGCUAAAUUUGAUCCCGCCAAGAAAGCACCAUUUGACCCUAUUCUUCGGCUGAUGUCUUCUUUCUUCCGCCAAAUAUGUGAGGCGGACGUAACAACUGAAUUUCACCAGAGAUUGCGCCAUUACCUCAGGAACAGUGGAGUUUGGGCGGUGCUACGAACCUACCUUGAUCUACCGGAAUGGCUCUUGAACACGAACGGAAAGAGCCCGCAACAGAAGGACACGGAGCCCACUAAGGAUCUGACUCGACGGGCAUCAUCUCCUGCCGUUCACUGCGGAUCAGCUGGACAUACCGCCGAGGCUUGGCUACGAAGCGGAGGUGCUUCGAAAUCUUCCAGAUUCAUGAAUGUCUUCAUAGAUGUUCUACGACUCCUGGCAAUGCACAAGCUCUGCACAUGGAGUUUGGAAGAUGUUCAGUAUGCCGAUCCCGAAAGCGCUGAGCUGAUUCAUCACAUCGUGCAAGCCAAAAUUCCGCUUGUUCUCAUGCUCACGUACAGCGACGAAGAGACCCUACCCCGAGAACUCACCCCGCUACUGCGUCACGCUACUAGAGUACAACUUCUUCCUUUUGUAGAGGCCCAGACGGCCGACUACGUGGCUGAGACGCUACACCGGGACCAUCAGUAUAUCCUUCCUCUAGUAGCGGUAAUUCAGGAAAAGUCUCGAGGCAACCUCUUCUAUAUACGCGAGAUACUAGACACUUGCUAUCGGAAACGUUGCGUGUACUACGAGUGGCGGGAGAACACCUGGGUUUUCGACUUAGACAAAGUCUUCGCCGUUUUCGAGAGUCCAGAGUAUGGAUCAUCCGUUACGACUGACUUUAUAGCAAAGCGGUUGACAGAAUUACCAUCUUCCAGUAGGAAGCUCUUGGCGUGGGCAUCCCUCCUGGGUGGUACUUUCUCGUUCGAACUUCUGAAGAAGCUCCUUCAGCCUACAAACAAGCCCGCAGCUCAUGGGAGGCUACCACUUUUCGAGAGAGACGAGUCUGCCGUCACAGCUCUUGAUGCAGCAUUGAAAGCCUACGUACUCAUGCCUGCUGAACAAGAUGCUCGAUUCAGAUUCAGUCACGAUCGGUACCUUACAGCGGCUGUGAACUCCCUCGACAAGGAAUGGGAUACACAGUUGAUGCACUUCACCAUUGCCAAGAUGAUAACUUCCGGCGAGGAGUACAACGACGACUCAACUUCAGGUUCUAAGGCGUUGUACAUGCAGAGUCGCCACAUCUGUCUCGCUGCAGAACUGAUCAAGACCAAGGAAACAGUGCGAGCUCCAUUCCGUGAUAUGCUAUAUCAAGCUGGAGAAACUGCAUGCGAGUCGGGUGCGCGAUCAACUGGCAUCUACUACUUCGCACAUAGCCUCAUGCUUCUGCAAGACGAUCCAUGGGACGACAAUAGGCCGGACGUAUCCUACCAAGAGACGUUGCAACUCUUUGUGCGCUCGGCAGAAUGUUAUUGGCAUCAGGGCAUGUUCGAUGAGGCUCUUAGCUUGAUCCGGACGACCUUCCAGCAUGCCCGCGAUCCCUGCGAUAUGGCUAGUUCGUUCAUUCUACAGUCUAGGGUGUUCGCUAUUCGCGGCGACAGUUUCGGUGCGUUCCAGGCUCUCAAAGAUUGUUUGUCUUUGCUCAAUUCCCCUAUUCCUCCGACAACAUGGGAGGCGUGCGAUGCUCAGUUCCAGCAGAUAUAUGGCACGCUUCAGAACAUCGACAAGGAAGAACUGCUCAAGCGGCGUCCGUCUCCUGAUGACCGUGUCCUGAUGACUAUUGGACCUGUCUUCAUCGAACUCCUUAGUGCGGCGUUCUGGUCGAACAGCCUGCUUUUCUAUCAGGCGACGCUGAAGCUUAUCACCGUCCAUCUCGAAAAGGGUACCAUGUCACAGGUUGCCCUUGCAUACGUGCAUCUGGGCACUGUUGCGGGCGGUCGUUUCGGAAUGACGAAUUUCGCAGUCGACAUGGGUGCGAUUGCAAAGCGAAUCUUUCAGAUGUUUCCUGAAGACUACUACACCCUGGGACGAGGUCAAACUUUGCAGCCAAUGUUUCUGGGUCACUUGGAAGCGCCUGUAGGCGAUCUCAUACCGAGCUUAGAAGCAGCCUUGCAGGCUUCACUAACUGCUGGCGAUCGCAUCCUCACACUUCUAAAUCUUGGUGUACAGGCUCACUUUAGGGUCAUGGCUUCAUACGACGUCGCAGAAUUGGAAGCCUGGAUUGAAGAAACACCGCUCGAUAUGCGAAAUUGGCAGAAAGACAUGCGUGGAGGAGUUUUUCUCAUGGCUGCUCGUCAAUAUGCAAGAGCGCUCCAGGGAAAGACUGACUCAAGCAACGCUCUUUCCCUCCUCUCGGAUGACGAUCACAAUGAGGUCGAGUACAUUGAGUUCCUCGAAAAUACGGCCAGCAAUCCCAAGCGUCCCAAGUCUAUAUAUCUUGCAACCAAACUUCCGUUGUUGGUACUCUAUGGUCAUCAUUCGAAUGCAGUGGCUCUUGGGGAGAUGCUACUGCCAAUGCUGAGCAGUCUCUGGUCAGAACGACUCAAUUACUCGGUCCGAUACUACUUAUCGUUAGCAUACAUGGCUGUUCUUCGAGAGAAGCCCGCUCAUAGCCGGAGAGACGAGAUGGUAAAACACGUUCAUGAGACCCUCAAAUUGCUCGAGACAUGUUGCACCACCACUGAUGUCAACUACCGGGGCUGGAUACAUCUUCUCACUGCCGUCCUCGGGGAUGUUAAUGCCGAUCCGCAAUCCGCGCUGGAGAAUUAUGAGGCAGCCAUGGAGCAUAGCGAACGUUACGAGUUUGCAUUGGACGAAGCGUUUGCUCUCGAGCUCUACACUGGAUGGUUGGUAGACAAGAAGGCCUACAGGGCGGCCCGACACUCUUUGAAAGACUGCAUCUCGGUAUAUCGGAGGAUGUCAGCAUACGGAAAAGCAAAUCACUUCGCGAGUCGGUAUGAGUGGCUAGUGCGUAGUGGCGCCUCGCUCACGACAGUGGACCAAGCUGUGCAAACCUCCCUCGUAGAUACGGGUAACACGGCCUUCAGACUGGAGCAAAAUGACCAUGAUCAAUUUCUGGGCGCGGAGACUGCAGUCGAUCGAACACAGAACUGGAUUGUCCCGGAAACACGGCGCCAAGAGUCUGCUCCAGCUCUACACAACGGUCUCUCGGCUGUCGGUCUGGACAUGCUAGACCUAUCCUCAAUCUUGGAGUCGAGUCAAGUCUUGUCUAGCGAGCUCGUCGUCGACAAGUUGAUGGCGAAGAUGAGUACCAUUUUGCUCGAAUCUACGGGCGGUACCUUGUGCGGCAUAGUGAUUGAAGACUCACAAAUCGAAUGGUCGAUCGCAUGCGUUGCCACCAACGAGCCUGACAACGACAGUGGGGUCUCUUCCGGCGUCACAUCCUUCCCUGCUAGUCAACCUUUAGAUACUGUGGACGAUGUUGUUGCGCGGCAAGUGACGCUCUACACACUCCGCUUCCGAGAGAUAGUCUUCGUCCAGAAUCUACUAGAAGACGACCGCUUCUCCAACGUUUCUGACGCCUACCUCCAACGGAAUCCCGAGGGGAAGGCAGUCAUCUGCAUCCCGAUUCUGCACAGCGAUCACCUUCUUGGUUCAAUAUACGUCGAGGGCCCGCCGAAUUCGUUUACCGAACGUAACACCCAGGUGCUUCGGUUACUGGUGAAUCAAAUUUCCAUCUCCUUAGCCAAUGCACUGCUUUUCAAAGAGGUGGAAAGAGUAUCCGCAAGCAACGAAGCCAUGCUUGAGAUGCAGAAACGCGCUUUGUCACAGGCGCGGGCAGCAGAGAUCAAGGCGAAAGAGGCUGAAGCCAUAGCUGUGCGUAACAUGAAGCUGAAAGAAGAAGCCGCGAAGGCAAAGAGUUUGUUCCUGGCCAAUGUGUCGCACGAGUUGCGUACUCCCUUGAACGGCGUGAUUGGUAUGUCUGAGCUGUUGAAGGCUUCACCGCUAAACUCGGAACAAACCGGAUACGCCGAUUCAAUUCGUGUCUGCGCCGAUACGCUGCUCUCGAUCAUUAACGACCUUCUGGAUUACUCCAAGCUCGAGGCUGGCAAAAUGAAUGUCUUGGAGAUGCCCAUUUCAUUGAGCGAAACAAUUGCGGAAGUAGUCCGCGCUUUGGCCUACACAAACGCCGAAAGAGGCCUCAAAACCAUUGAGCAAUUGCAUCUGGAUCCAGAGAUGCUCGUUAUGGGCGACCCUGUUCGAUUGCAUCAGAUCCUCAUGAACUUGCUGUCCAACAGCUACAAGUUCACGCCACGAGGAUCUGUCACUGUCCGCGCUGUUGUUGACCAAGAGACAGACGACUGGGCAGAUGUGACAUGCAGCGUUAUAGAUACUGGCAUCGGUAUUCCAGAUGAACAGAAGCAGAAAUUGUUCCUUCCUUUUUCGCAGAUAGAGUCCAGCUCUGCUAGGAGCUACGGCGGCACUGGCCUUGGUCUGAGUAUUUGCAAAGCUCUCAUAGAGAACGUUAUGCAUGGUACAGUACGUCUCGACAGCCAGCCAGGCCAAGGUACAACAGUCACCUUUUCGUUGCGAUUCAAGAAGGUGCCGAAAGCGCAAGCAGGCAGUCAGCAGCAAAGGACACGAGAGCCAGACCCUAUGGCUAGGUUCUCAAGUCAGGAAAACAAUGGCCAUGAGCAACUGUCGGGUUCCUGCAUCGAUCUUUCCACGAUACCCAGACGAGAACUACGGGUCUGCAUUGCGGAAGACAACUUGAUCAACCAGCGCAUCGCAAUCAGCUUCGUGCAAAAGCUUGGCUUCAAAUGCGACGCUUAUCUCGACGGAUACAAGACUAUCGACGCUCUUGAGCGUGCUUCGGAGAAUGGUCGCCCCUUCCAUCUUAUUCUCAUGGAUGUGCAAAUGCCGCAUUGUGAUGGCUACGAAGCUACGAAACUGAUCCGCAAGCAUCCCAAUCCCGAGAUUCGAAAUGUACUCAUCAUUGCCAUGACCGCUUCCGCUAUACAAGGAGACCGCGAGAAGUGCCUGGAAUCCGGUAUGAACAAUUACCUCGCGAAACCGGUUCGCGCGCAGACGCUCAAAGCGCUACUGGACUCGUACCUGAACAAGAACAAGGAGGUGGAGGAAAUCCCCAAUCUUGCGAUCGAGGCGAAGAAGUUGGUCAAACAAGCAUUGAACGAAGCUGAAGCGCUGCCUGAUGUCACGAGUGGACACAAGGAUCUCGAGAAAGACGUGCAAAAUGGAAAUGCUGCAGAAGACGGGAAGAAGCUGGAAAGGCCGUCCAGCGUUCGUAUGAGCACCACCCAACACAUAUUACCCAACGGCAAGACGGAGCCUGUACCGCCUUCCGAGUAA